GAGCGCGCGCCGCGGCUGCGCCCAUCAGCGCGCGGAGCGGGGUUGGGGCUGUCAGGCGGGCGGGGCCGCCUAGGACCCUGGAGGGGCCGAUCUUCUCGCGCUGUAGAGCCUCCUCUCCCACCUCUCUCCCUCCGGGGUUUGGCAUCCCUCGGGGAGCAAGAAGCCCCCUCCAGCCCUGACAGCGGGCUGGGCAGGCGGUGCGGUCGGGCCCGGGGGCGGAUGCUCGCGGGUGGGCCGGGCCGGCCGGCUGCGGGGGAGGCGGGCUGCGUUAUUUCCCGCUAGGGCCAGACUCCGGGAGGGACUGGCCUGCACCGUCCUCUCGGCCCCAGCCAGCGCGCGCCGCCCCUCGGGCAGGGCCUGGAGGCGAGCGAGGCGGCGGCGCGGCAUUCCGGGCCUCGGGCCGGGCGCGUGAGCGGGCCGGGGUCGGGGCCGGAGCCGGGCCGACGCCCCAGCGGCGCCUCUCCCACGCUCGCGGCCCCUCCCCCUCCCUUCCUUCCUUCCCCUCGGAUCUCCCGGGAGCGGCGGGCGGACGCGAGCCGCGGCGGGCGCCCGAGCUUUGUGCGCGCCCGCGGGUCCGGGGCGAGCUUCGGGCGGCCCAACUUGGCGGCGGCCGGCGGGCUCCCGGGAGGGAGUUGUGAGGCGUGGCCGGGUGGAGGAGGUGCCUGGGGGGGCGUGGGGCUCCCCGGCGAGCGGGAGGGACAGAGCGAGGCGCGCCGGACAAUGAGCUGGGCAGCUCGGCGCUGCGGCCACUUUUAGGGGGGCGCAGGCCGGCCGGCGCCUCCGCGGCUCCACCUGCGAGGAGAGGGCGGGAUGCCAGAGCUGGGUGUCCCGGCGCUCUGAGGCUGCUCGCAGUUAGACGUCCCUGAGCCGGUGCUCGCCUUGACCCUGGGCUACCUGCAGGCUUUGGCUGGGACGUGUUUCGUGGGAGCGCCCCUGGAGCAGCCGUGAUGGCCAGCACCAGGAGUAUCGAGCUGGAACACUUUGAGGAACGGGACAAAAGGCCGCGGCCGGGGUCGCGGAGAGGGGCGCCCAGCUCCUCCGGGGGCAGCAGCAGCUCCGGCCCCAAGGGGAACGGGCUCAUCCCCAGCCCGGCGCACAGUGCCCACUGCAGCUUCUACCGUACGCGGACCCUGCAGGCCCUGAGCUCGGAGAAGAAGGCCAAGAAGGCGCGCUUCUACCGGAAUGGGGACCGCUACUUCAAGGGCCUGGUGUUUGCCAUCUCCGGCGACCGCUUCCGGUCCUUCGAUGCGCUGCUUAUGGAGCUCACCCGCUCCCUGUCGGACAACGUGAACCUGCCCCAGGGUGUCCGCACCAUCUACACCAUCGACGGCAGCCGGAAGGUCACCAGCCUGGACGAGCUGCUGGAAGGUGAGAGUUACGUGUGUGCGUCGAAUGAACCAUUUCGUAAAGUUGAUUACACCAAAAACAUUAAUCCAAACUGGUCUGUGAACAUCAAGGGUGGGACCACCCGAGCCGUGGCUGCCCCCUCCUCAGUGAAGAGUGAAGUGAAGGAAAGUAAAGAUUUCAUCAAACCCAAAUUAGUGACUGUGAUUCGAAGUGGAGUGAAGCCUAGAAAAGCAGUGCGGAUCCUUCUGAAUAAGAAGACUGCUCAUUCCUUCGAACAGGUCUUAACAGAUAUCACCGAAGCCAUUAAACUGGACUCAGGAGUGGUGAAGAGGCUCUGCACGCUGGACGGGAAGCAGGUUACUUGUCUGCAAGACUUUUUUGGUGAUGAUGAUGUUUUUAUUGCAUGUGGACCUGAAAAAUUCCGUUACGCCCAAGAUGACUUUGUCCUGGAUCACAGUGAAUGCCGCGUCUUGAAGUCAUCUUAUUCUCGCUCCUCAGCUGUUAAGUAUUCUGGAUCCAAGAGCCCUGGGCCUUCUCGACGCAGCAAAUCACCAGCUUCAGUAAAGAGGGGUGGCCACUACUCCAGGGCCUACUCUACGGCCAAAUCCCCAGUUAAUGGAACUCCCAGCAGCCAGCUUUCCACUCCUAAAUCUACGAAAUCCUCCAGUUCCUCUCCAACUAGCCCAGGAAGUUUCAGAGGAUUAAAGCAGAUUUCUGCACAUGGCCGAUCUUCUUCCAAUGUAAAUGGCGGGCCUGAACUUGAUCGUUGCAUGAGUCCUGAAGGUGUGAAUGGAAACAGGUGCUCUGAAUCGUCACCUCUUCUUGAGAAGUACAAAAUCGGGAAGGUUAUUGGUGAUGGCAACUUUGCAGUAGUCAAAGAGUGCAUGGACAGGUCCACAGGAAAGGAGUUUGCCCUAAAGAUUAUUGACAAAGCCAAAUGUUGUGGAAAGGAGCAUCUGAUUGAGAACGAAGUGUCGAUACUGCGCAGAGUGAAACAUCCCAAUAUCAUCAUGCUGGUUGAGGAGAUGGAAACAGCUACUGAGCUUUUUCUGGUGAUGGAAUUGGUCAAAGGUGGAGAUCUCUUUGAUGCAAUUACUUCUUCAACCAAGUACACUGAGAGAGAUGGCAGUGCCAUGGUGUACAACCUGGCCAACGCCCUCAGGUACCUCCAUGCCCUCAGCAUUGUGCACAGAGACAUCAAGCCAGAGAACCUCUUGGUGUGUGAAUAUCCUGAUGGGACCAAGUCUUUGAAACUGGGAGACUUCGGGCUGGCCACUGUGGUAGAAGGCCCUUUAUACACAGUCUGUGGCACCCCGACUUAUGUGGCCCCAGAAAUCAUUGCUGAAACCGGCUAUGGCCUGAAGGUGGACAUUUGGGCAGCUGGCGUGAUCACGUACAUACUGCUCUGUGGAUUCCCACCCUUCCGAAGUGAGAACAAUCUCCAGGAAGAUCUCUUCGACCAGAUCUUGGCUGGGAAGCUAGAGUUUCCGGCCCCCUACUGGGACAACAUCACAGACUCCGCCAAGGAAUUAAUCAGUCAAAUGCUUCAGGUAAACGUUGAAGCGCGGUGCACUGCGGGACAGAUCCUGAGUCACCCCUGGGUAUCAGACGAUGCCUCCCAGGAGAAUAAUAUGCAGGCUGAAGUAACAGGUAAACUCAAACAGCACUUUAAUAACGCGCUCCCCAAACAGAACAGCACCACCACCGGGGUCUCCGUUAUCAUGUUUGAUUUGACAGUUUGAGAGACACUUCAGAGUUUCACUCUGUACCCCGUUGAGACUCUGGGGACCCCGGAGCAGAAUUCUGGUAUUCAACAUGCUAUGCUUCAUCAGAGCCGCCUCUAAUUGUCACCCCUCUUAAAUCUGCAUGCUUCUCUUGGACUUUGACACCAGCAUCCAGCUCUCAGCUCCUCAUGGGUGCAGGUCUCCUGUACCUACUGACACCCGUUUCAGCCAAACGCAGCCUUGGAAACUUUACUUAAAACUUCUCGCCUUGCCACGUUGCCUUCCUUCCCAGACCAAAAGCUGGCGAGUGCACGGGAGGAGAACUCCAGUCGUUCUCCUGCUAAAGGCUGUUUUUCACUUAGGUGAAAAAGCACCUUUUUGUGAAUGAGAGCAUAAGAUGGGGACCUUUGUGAAGGCUUUUGUUCUCUUUCUGCAAAUACAUUUCCAAAGAUGCAUUUUUAGCAGUAAGACAGUGUAGGGUCAGCUAGGCUUUGGGAUAGGAGAACACUAUUGGAUAGGAUUUUGGUUUAAGACGGGCCUGUGGUUUCAGAAUGCACUUGCAUUUGCUCUGGCUUAUCCUUAGAUGCUUAAGAAAGGACCGUGCACCUGCAGAGGGGGCUCACCACCUCGCCCAGAAGAGGCCAUCUCGUGGUGGGAAAGGGAAUGAUAAGAAACCCCUUCUCGCUGCAUUUUGCAGCCUUGUAGCUGACCGGAGAAAGGAUGGAUUCAAAAAGAGUGCUUCCCCACUCGGGGAUUAUGCUUCUUUCAGGGGGGAAGUUGGGAAGGAUUUGGGCUUAAGAUAGACAAAACUGUUUCGACUGUGUUGCUUCUGUUGAAAGUAAGUCUAGUUUCUGUCCCCGCUUCUCUCCUCGCCCCUCUUGCCUCUCACGCCGCCUGCAUUGCUUUCCUCUGACUAGGUCCCAGGCGAUGGUAUGUACUAACUGCACAGCAGUGCUUCCUUCCGCUGCACACAUGCGUCUUCUUGACGGGAAGGGAAGAGGAGAAAUAACUGCGGGACUGUUGCUUUCUUCUACCCAGGGGAAGUUUUAUGGUAGAAAAAAGUGAAUGCCACCUCUCCCCGCUUUCAGUGUUUUCACUGAGGGGUGGCCUGGCCUCUGCUCAUACUGGGAGCUUGGAAGCUUGUUAAAGAGUGAUGCUGAGUUUCUGAUUUGGCUUGUCCACAGUUACCUCUUCUCCAGGUAACGGAAAUUGUCCUUGGCAAUCCCUGAGCGUUCAGCCCGAGCUGGGAAGGGCCUGUGGAGAGCACCUGUCUUCCAGUUGACACCAAGUGCCCCAAAGGCAGCCGCCCAAGUCUGUCCUAGGAAGCCCCAUUGUUCAUAUUUUCUCCAGACUUUUUUUUUCCUUCCAGUAAGAGUACUGGAAGAAUCAGUGAUGCAUUUCCCCCUCAAGGUGGUUAGACCACAAAAGGACUUCUGGUCCACGUGCCUUGUAGCUAAAGGUGCCUGAGAACUGAAAGCUCCCCAUGAUUGGAAAACCCAGUGCGAGGGCCGCUGGCCGGGCCUGCCUGGCCAAGCAGAAGUCCGCAAGCCCACUCAGAGAAGGAGGAAGGCAGGUCAGGGCCAACCUCCCAGGCUAGGGUCAGGAGGUAAGACGACUUCUGCGCCCCUGGAGCAGGGGAGCAGGUUAAAGCCCUUGGGGGUGUGACAGGAUAAGACACCCGCACAAAGAAGAGAAGAGCAGGGAGGAGAUGGAGGAUGGAAAGAUGGGUAAUGCAGCACCAUCGAUUCCCAGGGCUUCCAUAGGUUACGGGGCACCGGUGUGAUGCAGGGGUGGGAGGUACUUACUAUAGAUGACCUGUGAGUACUCUUCGAAUCCCCGACGGGGAACCUUUAGAAGAGUUAGCUGUCAGGGACCUCGCAUUCUUAUGGGGUUUGCUUCUUGUCCAGGACUCUUCUGGGCUCAGGGGCGUGGGGAGAAGCGCCCCGAACCCAGGCAGCUGGGAGCCGGAGCCGGGGAGGAUCUGCCCAGGCCGCGUCCAGGGCAGUAGGAGCAGAGGCCGCGGCGCCGGGGACGGGCUGGCCCUUGGGCUGCCAUCGGGGGCAGCCGGGCGUUACUUCUCCUCUACUGUUCCCGCCGUGCAUGCUCUGCGCGCCCUGCUCGCGGUGCCGGGACCGAGGCGGCGGGCUAACUGUCUCCUGAUCUCUUCUCAGAACACGGCUCUAGAUAAGGAGGGCCAGAUCUUCGGCAGCAAGCUCGGCGCGGACGGCAGCCGGCCCGGCCUGGAGCCCGCUGCCCCGGAGCCCUCUGCGUCCCCCGAGUCGCCCCCGCGCUCUCCUGCC